AUGUGGAGAGCUGGCAGCAUGUCAGCCGAGCUGAGAUACGGGUUCACGAUACGGGCGGUGAACGAGCGCGUCCAGCAGAAUAUGGCACAGAAGCCGCGGGAUCUCCCAGCCAUCCAACCCGGGCUAGUAGUGGUAAGAAUUAAACCUGCAGACAUGGUGAUUGAGGCCUGUGGCCAUAGCCAGCGUACUGUUGGAGAGAACUAUGUUCAGGAACGACUAGAAAAAGCACCAAACCCUGCAAUCCUAUCUUCCUGUCCUGAGAUCAUGGGCCAUUUACAGAAACAGAAUGUCAACAAAUUAAUAACUGUCCCCAACCUCUUCAUGCUGGGAACCGUGGACUCUGUGAAGCUGGCAGACAAGGUGAGCAGUUCCCGGCAGAAGAAAGGUUCUCCUGAACGGCUUAAACUGGUGGUCCAGACUAACACCCGCGGAGAGGAGAGGAAACACGGCCUUCCGUCUUCAGAGACCAUAGCUGUGGUGGAGCACAUAAAGACCAGAUGUCCCAGCCUGGAGUUUGUGGGGCUCAUGACCACAGCAAGCUUUGGACAUGAUCUUAGUCAAAAACCAAACCCAGACUUCCAGACGUUACUGCGCCUGCGGCAGGAGCUGUAUGGAAAGCUGAGCAUGCCUGUGGACCAGGCAGAGCCGAGCACGGGCAUGUCCGUGGACUUGCGGCAUGCUAUUGAAGCGGGAUCCACAAACGUCCGGGUAGGAAGCACCAUUUUUGGAGAGUGGGAUUGCUCCAAGAAACCCACCCAACACAAGACUACAACAGACCCGAAGGCCUCAGUGCCAGUGGCAUAA